AUGAAGACCUGGAUCCUGACCUUCGGCCUCGGCCUCAUCGCCACCCUGCAGGCCCAGGAGAACCAGGAUGCCUCGAGCAUCUGGUAUCUGAAGGCUGUGGUGGCUGACAAGGGGCUUCCCAAGACAGAGGAGUCUGUGUCUGUGACCCCCAUGGCCAUCAGGACCCUGGAGGGGGGCAACCUGGAGGUCGAGUUCUCUGUGCUGGUCAGAGGUCAGUGUCAUAACGUAAGCACCAUCCUGGAGAAGACCGACCAGCCGGACAAGUUCACAGCCUAUGGGGGCAAGCACGUGGUGUACAUCAUCCCCUCCUCCGUGGAGGACCACUACAUCCUCUACAGCGAGGCCAAGUGGUCCAGGCACCAGACCCGAAUGGCCAAACUCAUGGGCAGAGACCCCGAAGUCCAGCAGGAAGCCCUGGAAGAUCUUGCGAAGGUGGCAGAAGCCAGAGGCCUCGACGCGGACAGCAUCGUCAUCCCCAGGCAGAGGGGAGCCUGCUCUCCAGAAAGCUCCUAG